AUGCCGCCUCACUCGAUUGGAGAAUGGGUCGUGGGCCGCAACAUUACGCCUGGAACUUUCGCGCGUCCAUCUAGACGUGAAGUCGUCAAGGUCGCUGUUACAACUGAUGACGAGAACGAGUCUAACACGCUUUCGGUCACGUAUCCGCGAACGAGAAAGACAGGAGCCAAGAAGGUUAGAUUUCAUAUGACAUCACCACGAAGAUCAGCCCUGAAACAUUGGGCUGGAAAUUCCUCCUCAGAGACACUCAUUGGCGAGGAUUCGAGUAGUUCUGGAGUGGAGGAUUAUUCUAUUGUUGGGAGUGACACUGUGGACUAUGAUACUGAGGGUAGUUACCAGGGCGACGCCACGGAUUCUUCCACCCGAAUUACUAGGACCAAGAGAACCACCAAGGUAAAGAGACACCGUCGGAUUCUCACCUCCGAGUUGGGUAGUAGUACGGACGAUGAGACCGAUGACGACCCACAUCCUACUUGCCCCUGCCCCAAAUGCAUCUCUGGCCGAAGGAAGUUGAAGAUCGCUAAGAAACGACAGAAGGAAGCAGAUACGUCUGAUGACGCCACAGAGGACUCUGAAGAUCUUAAGUCCAAAAGCAAGUCUAAGUCGAAGCAGCAGCAAAAGGGCGGCAAGAAAUCAAAGACCUCGAAGGACGAGGCUACCUCAACCGAAGCCUCAGAUGCAGAUGAAAAGACCGAUGCAGAGACAUCUGACGAACCAACCACACGACAAUCCAAGAAGCAAAACAGCAAGAAUGAGAAGCAAGCGGCUUCUAAUGGAAAGGAGAAGAAUAAUGAUUCUAACUCCAAGGGAAAAGAGGUCUCAAAGAAGGCGUCCAAUACCAAGUCCGUCGACAACAAAUCACAAGAGAACUCCAAUACGCAGGACACAUCCGCGAAGACCAAGGUCUCCAAGAAAUCCACUAAGCUUCCCGAGCCCUCACCUCCAUCAGAUCUUCGUGCACCCCAUCUAAUCAUGCCAAUCACAGCCAAAGUACUCCAGGUUGAACACGCUGUUGAAACACCUGAAGACCCUCGGCCCAACGCAUUUGUGGAUCAACAGCAUGGGGUGGUGCGAGUCUACCACGGACCUGCUUAUGGAAACCCCUACGGCUCUCUCUAUCCACAUCGAACCUGGUCUGGUCAGGUCCCUCCAGCAGGUGUGCCUCAUCCACUAAACAAUCCAUACUUCAACGGCUUCAAGGCACCAGCGGAACAAAACCUUGGCAAUAUACCCCCUGUUGGCAACUUUUCUCAGCCAUCUGGGGCAUUUCCAUGGCCAUCCGGCUCAUACCCUCAAACAAGCUUCCCAAACCCUCCUGGCAUGACAUCAUAUGGCACCAAUGGUUUUCCUCCACCAGCACCACAAGUCGCAGGAAUGACCGACGAGGAGGCGGCAGCUGCCGUUGCCCAGGGCAUAGGAUUGACAGGACUUCCUCCCCACCCCGUGUCGAUUCCGGCAGCAAAUUCCUAUCCAUGGGAACGUGAUGGAAAAGCUAAUCCUGAUCCAUGGUCUGCUGCGAAGGACAAAACUAGCGAAGCCGCUAACAAUGUCGGCCCAGACUUCAUGUCCAUUGACCCUUCGAAGAUGUUCUGCGCUCCUCGACUACAAGGCGACUCUGCGAAUGGAGGAUCUCAACGAAGCAAUCAGUCUAAGAAGUCAAAGAACGGUGGCAAAUCCAAGGCUGGUGAGAAGGACGCAUCGCGCUUCACAAAUGAUGGAGGAUAUCGCUCUUGGGGUAAACACAACAACAAUGACAACCAGAAUGACAACGACGGCUGGGGCACGGUGGAAAACAACACAUUCGGGAAGACUGACAAGGCUAGCGGCGGUGGAUGGGGAGGCAGUGGAUCUCAGCGCGGCAGUGGUAUGCUAGACUCCUUACCUCUAUUCUUCAAUAUGCCUGACCAGGGUGUAGCCUCGGGAGGCGAUGCUUGGGGUGGCAAUAAGGGUGAUAGCGGUACCAAGACCUCCCCUGAGCCUCCUACUGACCAGCCAGCUGAUACCAGUCAAGGCGGCGGAAACACCUGGGGAAGUGGCAACAACAACGGCUUUCAAAACAACUCGGGUGGAUUUUCCAACAAUUUUGGCGGAGACAAUCAGAAUUUUGGUGGUGGCAGCAACCAUGGCUCCAAUAACGGAGACUGGAACCAAGGAAAUAGCGGACGGAAUGGAUUCAACUCUCCAGUCGGACAGGGCUCACGUCAAGGCAGCCAGUCUGGAAAGAACAAAUGGACUGAUGGAACAUCGAGCAUGCCCGGCGCCUGGAGCGGGUCUCAGAACGGAGGUGGUUCACGACGGACUAGCGGUAAUUGGAACAAUACCUCUGACAAUGUUGGUGCAUGGAACUCUGGAGCCUCGAAUCACCACAAUAGCCCGAACCUAAACUCGAGCUGGAAUAAUUCAGGUCAUGAUGGCUCCGGGUCGCAUCAUGGUGACAAUAGUGGCAAUGGGGCCUGGGGCGGCGGUGGCUCACCGAAGAACAACGGCGGCUGGAGUGGUGGCGGCUGGGGCAACGAUAAUGCUCAGAACAAUGACGACCGAUUGCCAGCUUGGGCAGAUCCUACAGUUGCGCAGAGCACCCAGGGACCAGGUGUGAGCAAUUGGUGA